UCUCAGCUACCGGAGAUGUUGCUGCAGAGCAUCGCCCCCGGUGGCUGUCGGAGGCUGCAUGUGCACGGUGACCAAGAGCUACCACCUCCUAAUCCAGGGUGUUAUGCGACCCGUGCCCAUUGGAUGAUUUGCAGCCAGGAGGUAAAUUCGGCUGUAUUCGUACGGAGCCUUCCCAACACCGGGCCGCCUUGGGAAGUAACGGUGGCCUUACUGCGUCAAGGGGCUCUGGCGCAGUGGACUUUUAGACUCCCCUUCUUUAAGACUAGACCGGGAGGCUUACAACACGAGCCGAACGGUCGUAAGAACAAGAUGAAAGAACAACAACAACAACAACCACAAAAACAACAACAACAAACAACAACAACGGCAACGACCAAAGCAACGACAAUCAAAACGGUGAACAUGGACAGCAGCAGCAAUAGUACCGCAGGCAAGAGUGGCCCAGGGGCUAAGCGUAAGUUUAGCUUCUUGGACGCCCUGUCGCCGGAAGAACGUGCACUCUUUGAAGAGCACGCUCGUGACGACGACGACGAUGUGCCCUCUUGCAGCGGCACUCAACGCAGCGCGUCAACCGCAAUUCGCGCAAACGCUACCCCCGCAACCCCCUCGAGCAGGAUCGACUGCGGAGAGGAGGGUGGUUUCACGAAAGUGGAAUCAAGGGGUGAACGUAAAAGAAGACGGCAACGAGGGAACAUUCCAUGUACCCCGGAGCCAGGACAGCCAGGAGGUCAUGACGACCCACGUAGAUUGGGAAUGAGUGGAGCCACUCUUAAGUGGUACCUAAGAUUCCUUGAGGACGGCAUGACCCCGGAGUCAGCCGAAAGGCGGGCUCUGGGUAGGAGCAGUGGGAAAGACCCCUCUCCUAACAAUGUACGACACGCAGGUACCAACGGUGGAUCGGCCGCGACAAAACGCAGGAACCGAAGGCGUCGUCGUGCUAAAGCAGCCUCGUCGGAGGGACAGAGCGCAGCAAGGCCGGCGACCCAGGAGGCACCUAGUCGAUCGGAGAAGAGGAAGGGUGGCCAAAUAACGCCUCAGGUGCCACCUAAGCCCAAGAGAAUACGGGAAGAUAAACCACAAGAGGCCAGUGGUAGGCGCUCCAACCCCAACCAGCAGCCAAUAAGUACCGAAAGCCGCAAAUACUCGGAGGCUGUAAGUAGCAUCCGUAUGGCAGUGGUGCCCCGCAAUUACCCGGCGGAGGCCCUAGAGCCUGAGCAACUUACAGCCCUACAGAACUGCCUGGUAAAGGCCCUAUCCAUCGGCAAUAAGUUCACCGGUGCCUUUAACGGCAUAUUCUUUAAGGGCGGCAUGCUGCUGGUCGACUGCCAGGAAGAGAAGUCGGCCACCUGGCUGAAGGAGAUCACGCCAAGGCUCGAGGGUUGGAAGGGCCCGGCCCUGUGUGUAAAGAGAGGUGAGGAAAUACCGCGAACACACAGCAUGGUAGCGUUCUUUCCGAGAAGUGCAGAGGAUAGCUACGACUUCGUGCUUAGUCUGGUGAGGAACCAGAACGAAGGUUUAAGUACCUCGGCGUGGAAAGUCGUAGCAAGCAGUGUUGUGGGUUCCGGGUGGAACCUCAACAUCACGAUGGACGACGAGUCCUACAAGUUUAUAAGGCUGAAGGGAUUCAAACUGAAUUUCCGCUUCGGCAAGAUUGUGAUGCGGCCAUGGAGGCCCAAGGCUGCGUCCACGAGCCAAGAGGCCAAGACGGGGAUGAACGUAGCACCAGCUCCUCCCGUAGCCCGCCCAGCGGCGCAUGAGGCGACUGCAGCUGUGGCUUCGGGUAAGGACAGCGAAUCCCCCAGCGAACCCAUCUCGGCUGGGCAGGUUGCGACCGCCGCCGCGGAUGCAGAUGAGAGCAACGGGCAGGAAGGAAAGAUGUCAUUCACCCAGGAGCAGGAGGCGACUGCAUCUGUGGUUUCGGGGGAGGAUAGCGAAUCCCCCAGCGGACUCAUCUCGGCUGGGCAGGUUGCGACCACCGCCGCGGAUGCAGACGAGAGCAACGGGCAAGAAGAAAAGAUGCCAUCCACCCAGGAGCUUCUGGAAGGGUUGGAGAUGCAGGUCGAUGAAGGGGACGAAGACGGGGACCUGUCUCUCUUAGAACCGAUUCUGUAGGCUCCAGCACCGGCAUAGAAGUGGCCCAGGUGAACCUACAUCACGCAUCGGCAGCCUCGGCAGUCAUCGUGAAGAGGUUCAUCUCGGAUAACCUGGGCAUCCUUCUAAUCCAGGAACCUUGGGUGUUCAAAGGAGAGGUAAGAGGCCUCAACAUGAGAAGGAGCAAGAGUUUCUAACGCAAGACCUGGUGGCGGUGCAAGUGAAGGACAAGGAAGGAUCGGACUUCGUCCUUGCAUCCGCAUACUUUCCGGGAGA